AGCUUCAGGACGGGUUGGUGAAAAUCUCCCCUGAGCCAGGAACCAUGGCCCUGCCUCUGAACCCCACGGACGAGCCCAGGAUGUACCAGCAGACGCUGCUCCAGGAUGGCCUGUGUGACCUGCUGGAGAAUGACAAGCUGGUGGACUGCGUGCUGAAGAUCAAAGACAAGGAGUUCCCCUGCCACCGGCUGGUUCUGUGCGCCUGCAGCUCCUACUUCCGUUCCAUAUUCCUGUCGGACCUGGAUGAGAGCAAGAAGAAAGAGGUGGUGCUGGAGGACGUGGAGCCAGGUGUCAUGGGACUGAUCCUCAAAUACCUGUACACCUCCAAAAUCAACGUGACGGAGCAGAACGUCCAGGACAUUUUUGCCGUUGCCAAUCUGUACCAGAUUCCCUCCAUCUUCACCGUCUGUGUGUCUUUCCUUCAGAAGCGUCUGAGCCUCAGUAAUUGUCUCGCAGUCUUCAGACUGGGCCUGAUGCUGGACUGCCCCAGGUUAGCGGUUUCGGCCCGGAACUAUGCCUGCGAGCGCUUCCAGCUCAUUUCCAGAGACGAGGAAUUUCUCCAGCUGCUUCCAAGUGAGCUGGCGGCCAUUUUAGCUAAUGACAACCUGAAUGUAGAAACGGAAGAGGUUGUGUUUGAGGCGCUGAUGCGCUGGGUGUACCAGGACCAAGAGAAGAGGGAGCAGGAGCUGCCGGGCUUGCUGGACUGUGUUCGUCUGCGUCUGGUCAGCGAGGAGUUCCUGAGGGAGCGGGUGGAGAGCAACAAGCUGAUCGCCUCCAAACCUGAGCUGCGGCAGAAGCUCCAGCUUGUCCGGGACGCCCAGGCGGGGAAAAUGCCCGACGUCAAGAAGAGCAAGAAGGAUGACGGUAACGCAGAGAAAGACGGCGACGGAGGGGAGGAUGAAGAGGAAGCCCUUCUCCCAGGAAUCCUGAACGAUAACUUGAGAUUUGGGAUGUUCAUGCGGGACUUGAUCUUGAUGGUCAACGACUCAGGAGCAGUGGCAUACGACCCGAAUGGAAACGACUGCUUCCUGGCAUCCCUGUCCACACAGAUACCCAAGAACCACGUGAGCCUGGUGACCCGGGAGAACCAGAUCUUUGUGGCAGGAGGGUUGUUCUUCGAUGAGCAGAACAAGGAGGACCCUCUCUGCUCGUACUUCCUGCAGUAUGACCCAGUGAGCUCCGACUGGCUAGGGAUGCCACCUCUGCCGUCGCCUCGCUUCCUCUUCGGACUGGCUGAAGCUGAAAACGCCAUCUUUGUGUUGGGAGGCAAAGAGCUGAAGGAGAAGGAGAAAACACUGGACUCGGUGUUGAUCUACGACAGACACUCUUUCAAAUGGGGCGAGUCAGAACCGGUUCCUUAUCCUGUCUACGGACACGCUACGGUCUCACACAACGAUGUCAUUUAUGUGAUCGGAGGGAAAGGAGAAAACAAGAACUGCCUGCGGAGUGUAUAUGCUUUCGACGCUAAGAGAUUUGAGUGGAAGGAGCUGGCCCCCAUGAAGACAGCACGCUCCUUGUUUGGUGCCGCGGUUCACCAGGACAAAAUCUACGUAGCAGCCGGGGUGACAGACACGGGGCUGACGGACUCCAUGGAGGUUUACGACAUCCGAGCGGACAAGUGGUCCGACUUGGGAGCGUUUCCACAGGAGCGCAGCUCCAUGAACCUGGUAUCUCUCGCCGGAACUCUGUUUGCGGUGGGAGGAUUUGCCAUGAUGCCGUUAGAGGACAGCGAGGACGUCAUUCCAAAAGAGAUGAACGACAUCUGGAGGUACAAUGAGGACGAGAAGAAGUGGACCGGUGUCCUGAGGGAGAUCCAGUACGCUGCGGGGUCCACGACCCUGGGGGUCCGACUCAACACGCUUCGGCUCACAAAGAUGUAAAAAGAAUUUUUGUUUCAAAUUUGCUGUUUUUUUCUUUUUUAAACUAUAUCCACAAGUGUCAAAAUAAAUGAAUAGAACGCUACAAAAGUUCACUUAAUUGAACUGUUUUUUAUUAUUAUUUGAUAUUUAAUAUAUGUAACACAUUUGAUGUAUUUGACCUACUUGCCGCUAACACAGCAGAACUUUUCAUGACCGCUGUUGAUUAAACAA